UCGGUGGCAGAACUGUCUCAGCUGAUCGCACUGGAAAUAGGCAGGGGAGAGAAAUGUAGUCGGGUCGGCGUGGCAUGUAUUUGUGAUUGUGAUCAAUGUUUCUUGUUGUCGAAACUGACCUGGGACCACGGUGGUCUUGCCCCACCUGGAGAACCCCUCUCUGUGUCUUUCACUCGCGCAAAGUACAGGUCAGCGCCGAAAAAACAAACGCAUCACAUGAAAAACAAAAACAAAAAAACAAAGCUCGCGCUGAGACGAGCUGUCGGACGGGACCUCUGCCAUCGCACGCCUCUGUGUGAGAAUUGAUCGAGUCGAGCAGCUGAAGACGCGUGUGUCCAGGGCGAGAGAGGGGGCAGAGGAACAGAGAGAGAGAGUGCGAGAGAUAAGCACAGAGUGAUCGCACCAUCGUACCAGUUUGAUUGCUCAGCCAAGCACCAGACCACAGAUCUCGCUUGGAAACAACUCCGCUGUAACUCUUUAGGGAUUGUUUUUUUUUUUUUGUGUUGGCUAUUCUGAACUGGCAUCUCAAAGCCGGCGAGGCUGAACUGGAGCGCCCCGACCUUACGAGGAACAUCUUGGAGAUAUGUUUGUUCAUGUGGCUGAUUAGUGAACGCGCAUUUCGCGCACAAACCGAACUGACAAGCGGUAUUGACAGCCGCCUCCGGUGAGCUAUUUCUGGUGACAGUGGAGGAGACGAGAGCAAAUGAGAGAACGGGACUGCGGCUGACAAAUAGUUGCCACAUAAAAUAAGGCACGUUUUGGUUCUUGGAUUUGCCAGUUUGGAAACAUAAGGCGCGCCGUUCAGGCAAACAAAUUGGCACGCACGGGCGAUGCGGUCUUGCAGGGGAUCGAUAACAUAGACUACUAAGAGGGCAUCUGCUAAUCCUUCGUCAAUCAUCUGCCAGCCAAUGAAGCUCUAUACCACUUCCAAAGUGGGUGCUAGCUGGAAUAAACCGACGUGAGUUUGUGAACAGCGGGAUCUCGACGCAGGCUUAAUGUCUUUAUUUAUUUAAGUUAUCAUUUAUUUAUUCAUGACAGGAAGGUUUUUGGCAAACGAGCCGCAAAACGAAGUAUUUGGAAGAGGCUUCCAACAACCCCCCUUUUGCGACAUGUUAGACCUUUAAUGGAAAAGAUGGACAUUGCUUACGUGUGAUACACCACCAUCCCCUGGACCAGGCGCAAAUGAACAGUUUAGCUGUGGCUAAAUCGUCUUUUGAUUUCACGAUCCGUGGAAAGGUUCAAUCCAAAAUGUAACUUUUUUCAACCCCCGAAAACACAUCAAUUAAUAUUCUGCUUUUUGAGGAUUUGUUUACAUCACAGAAGCGAUGGCGUUUGGGGCCGUGCUCCUCUUCCUCCUGUCCCUGGCGUGCUGCGGCGGCUCCUCCCAGGUCGACCCUCCCCCCUGGGGGUGCGGCCCGGGCCUUCAGCGCCCCUACACGGCCCUGUGCGACCUGGAGGCGGUGUGGGGUGUGGUUUUGGAGGCGGUGGCGGGCGGCGGGGCGGUGGCGUCGCUGCUGCUGGCCGCGGCCCUGCUGGGCCGCCUGCGCGCGGUCAAGGAGGCGGAGAAGCGCAGCGGGGUGGCGCCGCUCCUCCUGCUCCUGUUCGGCCUGGUGGGCCUCUUCGGCCUCAGCUUCGCCUACCUCAUCGAGAAGGACGAGCCCCUCUGCGUGGUGCGCCGCGCCCUCUGGGGGGUGCUGUUCGCCCUCUGCUUCGCGUGCCUGCUGGCGCAGGGCGUGCGGGUGGGCGGGCUGGUGCGGCGGGGGCGGAGCCCCGGUGGGGGCGCCCUGGCGGGGCUGGCCCUGGGGCUGACCCUGGUGCAGGGCAUCGUGGCGGCCGAGUGGCUGCUGCUGACGGUGGUGCGCGAGGGCCAGCCGGCCUGCCAGUACCAGCCGCUGGACUUCGCCCUGGCCUGCAGCUACGUGGUGGCGCUGCUGCUGGCGGCGCUGGCGGCCUCCGCCCUGGCGCUCUGCGGGAAGGAGCGGCGCUGGAAGUGCAACGGCCUCUGGCUCUUCAUCUCCUGCCUCAUGUCGGCGCUGCUGUGGGCCGCCUGGCUGGCCUUCUAUCUCUACGGCAACGAGGCGCUGGGCCGGGCCGCGGACUGGGACGAGCCGGCGCUGGCGGUGGCGCUGGUGUCCCAGGGCUGGCUGCUGCUGCUCUUCCACGCCAUCCCCGAGGCCCACUUCUGCCUGCGGCCCCCGCCCAAGCCCUCCGCCCCCGACUACUUCGACACCUCCCAGCCCCCGCCCCGCCUGAGGGAGACCAGCUUCGACGAGGACCUGCCCCUGUCCCACCGGCCCUACAUGGAGAACCAGGCCUUCUCCUUCGAUGAGCACAGCGCAGCCCUGAGGGCGGGGGGAUACCGCAAUGGCAAUAUGGGAGUCCGCGCCAGCAUCCCCUUCCGCAGUAACGUCUACCAGCCCACCGAGAUGGCUGUGGUGCUGAACGGAGGCACGAUCCCCUCAGCACCGCCCAACUACACAGGGAGGCAGCUGUGGUGAAGACGAGGCUGGCGAAGAGGAGUCUGCCUCCGGGGAGAGCGGCGGGGUAGAGCGGGUGCCUGGAGCGGUGGGGUGAUCCCACAGGGCUCCCCAUGUUUUUGGGUGCCCACAGGAAUUUCUCCAGAAGAAACUAAACUGGAGGAGGAGGGGGGCAGCCCUCCUAAUCAGUGCUUCUGGGGCCGUGAGUGGAGCAGGAAGGAGAUGCGGAGGGUGAGAGGAAGGACAAACAAGGAAAAACAUAAUGGCAGACUGGCUGCUUUGCACCUGUGUGUUCCCUAACAUAAGAAGCAAAAUAUACAUGGAGGAUGAGAAGCAUCUGUGAUUCAAAAGGCUGGGGGUGAUGUGCAAUGUUGGAUACUUUUUCGUAUUAACGUUAUACAGGAAAUGAGGUCAGAUCUUGCCCCUUCGUUAGCUUACAGUUACAGCUGCACGGAUGAAUUGAAAUCUGAAUUGAUCCAUGAAUUCAUGAAUUUAAAUCUGAAAACAACAUUCUUAGCUGUCGUCAUUUUGGAGUAAACCCGAAUAAUGUGUCACAACCAAUGCCCAACAAUGAAACUGCACAUAACAGAAGCAGACAUUCAAGUCUAUUGUAUUUUUAUUGCAUUUGCUCAGCAGACUCUUACCCGGAGUGACUUAGCAUACAAUUGUUACAUGUUAUCCAUGUAUACAGCUGGAUAUUUACUAUCCAGAGCAGUGAAUUUGUUUCCCUCUGUUGAGACAAUGCAAACUGACCACCAUGGAAAAGUGGAUUUCUAGUUUGUCUGAGAAAAGUCCUGAUCAUCAACCUUUGACUGCUAAAGCAACUUUUGACAAUCACUGCGAGGGUACAGUUCUUCUUCGUCUGAGCAGCCAUGGGGGACAGACUCGGACCAGGUCUGCAAUCUCACCUGAGUUUCGCCUCAUGUGAACGGUCACACAUCGGCCUGAGACCUGAUCUGAUCAGGUCCCGAGACAUGUCUAAGGAUGCUACAUCUGCAUGGCUUAAAGGAAUCCACCCUCUCUCCUGCUCUGUGGGAUUUUGUGCCAAACUUGGACCCAUCGUUUCGGCACUGCAUAAGGUCCCACUCUUUUAAAAGUAGACCCCUGAAAACUGACUGCAGCCCCCCCUUCUCCCCUCUCCCACCUCCUGCCUGUCCUUGGCGUACCCUCUGAGAUGAACCUUAAUGGAAACCCACCCUUAAUGGAAAAGGGUGAUGUGGCUGUCCACCUACCACUCCUUGGAGGGAUGAUUUUUUUCCCACCCCAUAAUCGAAAAAUGUGCGAAGAGCUUUCCCAUACAUUCUGGCAACCGGGGACCCGGGAUUGGACAGGCAGCGGACAAAUGAACAGCUGGGCUGGCACAGGCAGUGGAAAACUGGCACCGGAGGGGACAUGGAAUCUCAUGGAGUCAUGCGGUGGCCGUCUCCAGUUUCUAAUGCAGCUGUGGUGGCCUGCCCUGGGAAAUACUGAUGUUUGACAUUACAUAUACACUGUGGGGGAGGUUGGUGGUGCAUUUCUCUUAUUGUUUUGUUUUUGUGAAUGGGAAUUUAUCUCAAGUGUUUUUUUUUUCCCCUUAAUGACAGGAUGUGCCAUGCUUACCCAGUGUUUGUGAGCUUUCCUACAGCCAGACUUUCCUACAGCCAGAUGUGUCAGCCAGGUUUUCACGAAAUGGUCCUCUCACUUCCUGUUUCCCAUAAUUCCUGUUUCCUGUAACAAUGUCGCAUGCCAUGGAUGACCUCCAUAACUCUCGCCAACAAAUGUUUUAGGGAUUCCUAACAUGCAGUAAUAACAGGCAAAAUAACCAUGUUCAGCUGUAGUUCAGCACCAGAUAGAUGUUGUGAAAUAUGUUUUUUUU